AUGGAGGCGACGAGAGGCGAGACGAAGAAGAAGGCAGUGGAGGAUAGGGCGGGGGGAGGCGAGACGAAGGGCGGGCGGCCGAGAGAGGUCUUCCCGGAGCUGUGCUCGCCGGCACCCGUCCGGCUUACGGUCUGGUGCAAGUCACUCCUCUUCAACAGCCACGGGUACACCGUGUACGACGACGCCGACGGCCGGAUGGUCUUCCGGGUCGACAACUACGCCCACAACUGGAAGCAGGAGACGGUGCUCAUGGAUCGCGCCGGCCAUGUCCUGCUCACCAUCCGCCGCUGCCGCAAGAUUUUGAACUUGACAGAGAGUUGGGAGGCCUACAAAGGAGACAAGGAUGUCCAAAGAAUAGUGAGAGAGCAAAGACCGCUGUUCAAAGCCACAAAGGACUUGGGCAGCCCUAGUUGCACCAUAUCGAUGUUCCCCGAAGAUGGAGUGAAGCCUUCAGGCUAUCGCAUGAGCUGGUCUCGCGAGAAGGAAUGGUCCAAGAUCUAUCAGGCCGCCGCAAAUACUCCUGUAGCUGAGAUUGGCAGAAAAUACGGUUCGAUGCCGAUGAAAUUACUGGACAAAGAUGUUUUAGCACUGAGAGUGCAGCCUGGGAUGGAUCAAGCUCUUGCGAUGGCAAUGAUUAUGAUCACAAAUUCAAUGAGGUGAUGGAGCCAGUGGAUCAUUAUGCGGUCAUACUCUUUCAAGUCGUAUGCCUGAGAUGGAUUAAGCAGGCAGGAGCAAUGUGUAUAGUUCAUAUUCUACAUGAGGAUAACUUCGUGAACGAAACAUUG